GGAGGGGGGAGUUGGGGCUCCACGGUCCCGGGUUCGAGGGUUCAUGAUCAGGUGUGUCGGGGCUCGAGCGCGGAGCUGCUCGGAUGGGCGGGGAGACGGAGACGGAUCUCGGCCCGCAGGACGGGAAGAGAGCGGGCGGGGCUCACGCGCCUCCCAGCCCCAGUACCAGCGUACCAGAGUACCACAUUACUUACCACACUCCAGUACCACAGUCAGGCAGCGUCGCGCGGUUCGGCACGAGGGGCGGGUGCGCGGACGCAGAGCGAUGAGCCCCGUUUGCGCGCCGCCGCUUCGGGCUCCACUCCAGAGGUACACAGCGGAUUCCGUCAGGAGGUGUCGGGUGGCCAUCCUGUCCAUAAUGGUGAUGUAGCGGCACCGACUGUUGACAGCAUGUCGUCACACGUGGAGCCUAGUGAAGAGAUCUCAGCCUGGCUGGCAAGCCUGCACCUCAGUCAGUACGCGGGCUCUUUUGCUCGGGCAGGUCUGCGACGGAUCCGUGACUGCACAUCCCUGGAUGACCAGCGGCUCCUAGAGAUGCAAGUGCUCCCUACUGGUCACCGCCGGCGCAUCCUAUGCAGCUUAGAGGCCCGUGGUGAGCGCAGAGCUGCCGCUGCACACCGUGGAAUUUUCCCCAGGGGUGGAAAAUGGGGAGGUUGCCGUCCUCUGCAGCUGGGCAGGACUGAGAAGGAGGGGUUGGGAGGGAGGCGGCCCUCUCCUGCAGGAGGAGAACCGCAGGUGGGGCCAAGAGCGAAGUUGGCUUCUCCUCAGUCCUCCUCCAGCAUCAGCGGCAACUCCCAUCCCAGCUCGUCCUCUUCUGAGCUCGGUUCGGACCAGGAGUCCUCCAUGGAUGAUGUCGCGGCCUCCCCCUCUAAACAUUUUCAGGGGACUAUGGUGCUGAAUGAAAUCUAUGAUGGGGGCAUAAGCAACGACGCUGUGAGCCACUUACGGCCCACGCGCUCCUACAGGCUGAGACACCGGCCCGUCCCAGAGAUUCCAGAAAGAACGGUCAUCCCCAGCUUGGAAAGGAGUCCCCUGCCGAAUUGCAGCCCCCCGCAGAACCCUGUGCCGAAGAGCGAUUCCGCUUCAGCAGAUGUCCGAGACAAAGCUCCCCCUGCGAGGACUCUGUCCCCCAUCUGUCCCUACGGAGAAACAUUUCUCUACAACAACCUCGAGAGCGAGCCGGAUGCGUCGCACCUUAAAGAUGUGUCUGAAAAUGAAACGAAACAGAAGAAAAAAGCAAAAAAACUGUGGAAGUUCCAGGAAAAGGUGGAGCUGCAGAAUGACAGGGCGGUUUAUUCCCAGGUCCAAGCCAAGGACCCACAACGAGAAGAGCUCCUGGAAGACGAGUACUCCACAGUGGAUACCUGCUUAACCGCCCUGUCAGUGACGGCUCCAUCGAUGCCCAAGGUGCCCCACACCCUGCCUGCCCAGCUGGAGCAGAACAUCUCUCCCUACGCGUGCUACUACAGUGCCCCCAAAGGGGUCCACAAGGCGGGCUGGCUGGACAAGCUGUCCCCUCAGGGGAAUUGUGUCUACCAGAAGAGAUGGGUGAAGUUUAAUGGAGAAAUCCUGAGCUAUUACAAUAAUGACAAGGACAUGUUCUCCAAAGGCUUCGUCCACAUCUCUGCAGUGAGCAACGUGCGAAGCGUCGGGGACAACAAGUUUGAAGUGGUGACGUCCCAGAGGGUCUUCGUUUUUCGGGUUGAGAAGGAAGGAGACCGGUACGAGUGGAUCAAUGCUCUUCAAAUAGCGAUGCGAACCCGGUGCGCCGUCUCCCAGAUGUGCGCCAAGCGCAACACAAACAAGUGCGGCUACAUGGAGCUCCGGGGCUACAAAGGAAGAGUUUUUGUUUCCCUCACGGAAGCCCAAGUUAGACUUUGUAAAACAGAGCAGGAUUUCAAGUCAGGCAUUGGUAUCACAACGGUGGACCUAAGCACUGCUCACGUGAAAGACGUGGAUCGAAAGGGCUUUGAGAUAAAUACGCCCUUCAGAAACUUUUGCUUCACCGCGGAGUCGGAAAGGGAGAAAGAGGAGUGGAUUGAAGCAGUCCUGGAAUCGAUAGCUGAAACGCUUUCGGAUUAUGAAGUGGCUGAAAAGAUCUGGUUCAAUAAGUCCAACAGGAGCUGUGCAGAUUGCUCUGCACACCAACCGGAAUGGGCGUCCAUCAAUCUGGGAGUUGUCAUCUGUAAGAAGUGUGCAGGUCAGCACAGAACUCUCGGUCCUCACCUCUCAAAGGUUCGAAGUCUCAAGCUCGAUAAGAGCAUCUGGAGCAAUGAACUUGUGGAGCUUUUCCUCAGCGUUGGCAACAGUAAAGCCAACCAGUUCUGGGCCGCGACCCUCUCCCCAGAGGAUGAGCUGCAUCCAGAAGCGUCGAGGGAGCGUCGGACUGCAUUUGUGCACAGGAAGUACAAGGAGAGGCGCUACACGCCGGCGCUCGAGGGCUUCCGGAGCCAGGAGCAGCUCGACAAGGCACUCUGUGCUGCUGUGGUCCAGCCAGAUGUCAUGCAGACCAUGGCCUUGGCGUUCAGCGGGGCCAAUGUCAUGUGUGCUACGGGGGACCCUGUCUACUCCACCCCAUACCUGUUGGCCCAGAAGGCUGGACAGAACCUGCAGAUGGAGUUUCUCCAUCUCAACAAGCUCUCAGACUUUUCAAAGCUGGACGUUGGCUGCAGGAAGAAACCCCCUCGUGACGUUCCGUCCUUCAAGACGGGCUUCCUGUACGUGGCCGUGAGCAGCGGGAGGUCCGUGGUGGAACGCAGGGCCAGAGACGAGAUGAUGCGGAGGUGGUGCACCCUCGAGGGGGGCUUCCUCAGCUACUAUGAAAGCGAGCACACAGCCACAGCGCUGGGCAGGAUGGACCUCAGUGAGGUUGUGAGCCUGACGGUGAGCGGCUCUGACAGCCCCUCUGGAGCCAGGGCUGCUUUCACUUUCGAGGUGUAUCUUCUGUCGGAACGUGUCUUCACGUUUGGAACGGAAACGGCGGAAAGUCACAAGACGUGGGUGGAGACACUAGUCACGGACUUGGUCCCAGCCCAAGCAGAACACUUGCUGGAGAAGGAUUACAAGGUUAUCGGGCGACUCCACUACAAAGGGGGCCACGACCUCCAGCGCUGGAGGGUGGGCUGGUUUGCCCUGCAGGAGUCGAACCUCUACUUCUGCCCUGGAACGGAGGAUGCGGAAGGCCGGGUUGGGCUCGUCCGGCUGAAACACCUCCAAGAGCUCACUGUAUCCAGUGAUGCCGCAGGAGAGGAGCGGCCCGAUGUCCUACUCAUGCUGGAGAGCGGAAGGACCCUGUACGUGCGUGGCUUCGCCAGGUGCGACUUCGCCCUGUGGCACUCGGCCAUUCGACGGGCAGCCGGUACCGACGGACCGGCUCUGAGCAGCCAGCAGCUCAGCAAGAACGACGUCCCCAUCGUUGUGGAGAGCUGCGUUGCUUUCGUCACUCAGUACGGUUUAUGUUAUGAAGGCAUCUACCAGAAGAAUGGCAACCCGCAGCGCGUGGCCCAGCUCCUGGAGAGCUUCCGGAAGGACGCUCGCAGUGUUAAACUGAGGGCUGGCGAACACCAGCUGGAGGAUGUCACCGAUGUGCUUAAGGGCUUUCUGGCCCAAACUGAGGAUGCUGUGCUCACCAAGGAGCUCUACCCGUCCUGGAUCUCUGUCCUCGACGAAGAGGUCGAGCAGGAGAGGCUCCAAAAAUAUUCCACCUUGAUUCAAAGUCUGCCCAGAAUUAACAGGACUACAUUGGCAGCUCUGAUGCAGCACCUUUACAGGAUCCAGAAGUGCUCAGGCAUGAACCAGAUGGUGACCCGCAGCCUGGCCCCCCUGUUCUCCUCCUGCCUCUUCCAAACCGAGGGGCAGACCAGCCAGGAGAUCAGCAUCAUAGAGGACCUCAUUAACAACUACGUGGAGCUGUUUGACGUGAAGGCAGACCAGGUUAAACAAAUGGACAUGGAGAACAGCUUCAUCACCAGAUGGAAGGACACUAUGUUCUCCCAGGCUGGAGACCUCAUCUUCGAAGUCUAUCUGGAGAAGAAAGAGCCGGAGAGCUGCUGCUUAAUCAAGGUGUCGCCCACCAUGCGGUCGGAUGAGCUGGCCGACACGGUCCUCAACAUGAAGAACGUGGUGUUUCGUGGAGCAGUGGGCCCAUGGGCCACGUUCGAGGUCAUCGAGAAUGGAGAGCUGGAGCGCCCGCUGUAUCCCAAAGAGAAGGUUCUGGAACAGGUGCUGGAAUGGAGCACUCUGGAGGACCCCAGCUCUGCCUUCUUGGUGGUUAAGAAGUUUUCCGGAGCCAAAGCAGCCAAUUCCCAACAAGAAAGCUCGACGGACUUUGGGAAGGGGGAACACUUCAAAUUCAAGGAUGGAUCCUCCAAACUGCUCUCGGGAAACAAGUUCCAGGACAGAUACGUUGUUCUCCGAGACGAGAAGCUGCUCCUGUACAAAGAUGUGAAAAACACUAAACCAGAGAGGGAGGUUCCUCUGCGCUCGGCAAAGUGUUACCUCGGCCUGAGGAAGAGGAUGAAGCCACCCACAAGUUGGGGGUUUACGGUUUACAGAGAGAAACAACAGUGGUACUUCUGCUGCGAGGACCAGGAGAGGGCUGUGAAAUGGCUGACGGAAAUCCUCCGAGUGGUGCACGGCGGGGAGGCGUGGCCGGUGGGCAGAGUCCACCACCUGUUUGCAGUUCACCAAACUACCAGAGGUGGCGCUACGUCGGCGGCCCAGAGCGGUGCACAAAGGGGCAAAACAAAAAACGGCAAAGAGGUAACGGCGCCAGCCGGAGAACCUCAGGAGGCAGGAGAGAGCAGCGUCAGUCGACCUUUUCAUCAAAGAGCAGCUCUUGUGGCCGACUGCUUACGGCAGAGAGAUCCGCCAGCGAGUGCCGCCGGCCGGCACGUUUCGGGGGAGCCGUCCCUUCGAGAGCCCAAGAGCGCGGUCCCUUGGAACCUGAGCCAGCCCAGGAAAUGCAUGCUGGAGCGCGAGGCCCACUUGCCCACAAGCCUGCUGCAGGAGCUCAACUCGGUGCUGAGCAAGACGGGUCGGAGCACGAGGGACGAGCACAACUGAGGGCCCCACCGAUGUGGGCCCUCUGUUCCAGUAGGGGGUGCCGCUACUCCGUGUUGUGCAGUCGCUCUUUUUGAAAAAAAAACAGCUGCUGUCGAGGCCCACUGCAUCGUGGGCCACUCUAAGCGGGAGCAGUUGGUCACGGUGGCAGGAAAGAGAGACAAAAUCAAAAGCAAACGACGCAAGAAAGAAAGCAACAAAGUGUCAGCAACGGACACAGCGCACCGUUCCCUAGGGGGAAUAUCGCUUUUCGGCCCAGCGGGAUCUCCAGACAGCAGCAGCCCGGUUUGUUGGUGGUUUUCAGAGCUCAGUCCCAGGGUGUCUGACGCUGACAGGUACAGAGAGAUGUGGAGUCCUGGGACACCGAGAUGCUGACAAGCCGAGAACGGCGGUCCUGUGAGCCCAUAAACACUUGUUCACUAAGGGGCCGCUGCUGAGUGCCACACGUGCGCCCGUGACUCCCCGACGCUCCCAGAGCCGCACUACAGCGUUAUGCCGAUGUUGCUGCGGAGUCGCCCUUCUCACGAUGCUCUGCUCCUUCCGCGUGCCAAGCGCUGCAACUCUUUGCUCAAAAGCAGCGUAGUGCAAGAGCUACUUUGUAUGGCAUUUGCUCUUUUGCUGUAUGUAUUUUUUUUGUAUCAAAUGAUAAUAAAUUAUUCAGA